AUGGACGGGGAUAGACCACCUUUUGCUAAAGAAAUUGAGGAUAAAGCAACUGCAAUUAAGGAAAACCUUAAGCCUGUUCAAACUGAGGUAAAAAUUACGUUACCAACUAAGGAAGAAAUCGAGGCAGAAAAGAAGGAUAAUGAAAAACUUGGAUCUUGA